AUGGUAAAUACAUCAAUUUCAUAGAAUAGAGCUGCUCUAGGUGGAGGCGUUUAUUAUCAACAAAUGAUACCAUCUUUUAUUCUAGACCUUAAAUAGGGGUUAAACAAUAAUAAUACAAUUAAGAAUAAUUAAGCUCUAAUAUAUGGUAAAAAUUUGGGAUCUACUUUAAGAAAAAUUAGUAUUAACAUUAAGAACAUUUAAAUUCCAAAAGGAAGCUUUAUUGAAUAAGAAAUGGAUAAUGUUAAAAUAAGUCUAUUCAAGAGUGGAUAGGUAAUUUUAUUAAAUAAAAUCUAAUUACUAGAUGAAGAAGAUAACCCUAUGUUUAUUCCUAAUAUUGGCGAAUCAGAUUUCAACAAAUUAACCUAAGAUAUAUAAUCUCAAAUUAAAUAAAUUAUUAUUUCUUUGAAAUGGGAUCAAUAAAAUGAUUAAAUAUAGCUCUAAGGAUAACUUUAAUAAUAAGAAUUUGUAAAUGGUGGAUUUAAUUUGAAUGCGCAAGUUGUUUAUUAACCAUACAAAAGUAUGGUUCUCUAAAUUGUUUCAAAUUCAAUUCAACAACUAUAAGAUUCAUAUGGAAAUAUUGUAAUUUAAGAUGGAUAGUUAAAACAAAAUAUAACUAUUGACUUUGCAAGUUGUUCUAUAGGAGAAAUUCAAAAAGAUUAAGGCCAUUCUAUUGUGUGUAAUUAAUGUCCUGAUGGAAAAUAUUCUUUAAAUACUACAGAUACUGAUUGCUAGUAAUGCCCUAUAGCGGCAACUUCAUGCUAUGGCUCAGUAAUAAAGUUAAAGAGUGGUUACUGGAGGGAAAGCGAGAUGACAGAUCAAAUAGCUUAUUGUUAGUAUAAUCCAAUGUCAUGCUAGUCUUAAUCCAAAAACUCAAAGUAUGGUUGUGUUGAAGGUUACGUAGGUACUCUUUGCUAAUCUUGUGAUAUAUAUGGAGAAGUUUGGAAAUAAAGAUACUCUGAAAUAUUAAAACCAGGCCAAUGCUCUAUAUGCGAAGAAAAUGCAUAACUUAUCUUUGCCCAAAAUUUAAUAAUAUUUUUGCUAAUUUCUACAUAUAAUUUCUAUAUUUUAAAAAAUAUAAUUUCAAAACUUUAAUCAAAGCUAGCUGGCUAUUACAUUUAGAGAUAUGAUUUUUAUAGUUAAUAAACUUUGCAAUCUCAUUUUAAUAUACAAAGAAACUCACCUUAAUAAUAAACUACACAAAACAUAAAAUUAUAAUUAGAUAAGCAAACUAAUUCAUAAGAUAGCACCAAAAAUCCAUUUUUUUUAAAGAUUAACUCAUUAAAUAAGAUGAGAGAUAAGUGGUCUUACUACAGUAGAAAAACUAGAUUAAGUCCUUUAAAUAGAAUUUAGAAUGAGUCUAGUUAGGGAAUGGAACUAACUUCAGAAAAAUUAAAAUAUACCUAAGAAGAUGAGAUCUGUUCAGUAAGCGCAACUAAUGAAAUUAUCCAUUAAAAAAUUGAAUAUAAUUGA